AUGAUAGUUUCUAAUAGAGCAUUAAAAUUUUCUUUCCAUUUAAAGAUAUCGGGACGUCAUUUUUCUAAGACUGCAUAUAAAAUAAUUGACCACAAAUUUGAUGCCCUUGUUAUUGGAGCUGGAGGAGCUGGACUUAGAGCGUCAUUAGAACUGUCUUCUUUGGGUUACAAAACAGCAUGCGUAUCAAAAGUAUUUCCUACAAGAUCACAUACCGUUGCGGCACAGGGCGGAAUAAAUGCUGCUCUAGGAAAUAUUUCAAAAGAUGAUUGGAGAUGGCAUGCGUAUGAUACGGUUAAAGGUUCGGAUUGGCUUGGAGAUCAGGACGCCAUACAAUAUAUGUGUAGAGAAGCUCCACAAACCGUAAUAGAAUUAGAAAGAUAUGGACUUCCAUUUUCAAGGACACCAGAUGGACAUAUAUAUCAACGAGCAUUUGGCGGCCAAAGCUUGGAAUUUGGGAAAGGUGGACAGGCAUAUAGAUGUGCAGCAGCAGCGGAUAGAACUGGCCAUGCAAUGCUGCACACAUUAUAUGGCCAAUCACUAUCAUAUGAUUGCAAAUUUUUUGUAGAAUAUUUCUUAUUAGAUUUACUAAUGGACAAUUCCGAUGUACCUAGAUGCAUUGGUGCAAUAUGCCUGGAUAUAUCAUCCGGUACUAUUCAUCGUUUCUUAUCUAAUAGUACGAUUAUCUGCACCGGUGGUUAUGGAAGAUGUUAUAAAUCUUGUACAUCAGCACAUAUUUGCACUGGAGAUGGAAAUGCUGCGGUUUCCAGAGUCGGGUUACCAUUACAAGAUCUCGAAUUUGUUCAAUUCCAUCCCACUGGUAUCUUCCCCGCUGGAUGUUUAAUUACCGAAGGUUGCAGAGGUGAAGGUGGUAUAUUGAGGAAUUCUGAGGGAGAAGGGUUUAUGGCUCAAUAUGCACCCACUGCUAAAGAUUUAGCUAGUAGAGAUGUUGUUAGUAGGGCGAUUACUGUUGAAAUAAAUGAAGGCCGUGGAUGCGGUGAAAACAAAGAUCAUAUACAUUUAGAUCUAACUCAUUUAUCACCAGAAACUAUUAAGGAAAGAUUGCCUGGAAUAUCUGAAACGGCAAAGAUUUUUGCUGGGGUAGAUGUCACAAUUCAAUAUAUACCAGUAUUGCCAACUGUACAUUAUAAUAUGGGUGGCAUUCCUACCAAUUGGAAAGCUCAAGUUUUAACUAAAGUUGGCCAAAAUGAGGUCAUAGUCCAGGGACUGUAUGCUGCUGGUGAAUGUGCCAGCGCAAGUGUUCAUGGUGCCAAUAGGCUUGGAGCAAAUUCACUUUUGGAUAUUUGUGUUUUUGGCAAGCGCGCCGCUUUGACUAUUAAGGAAAUGGUUAAACCUGGAGAGAAACUACCACCGCUCCCUCCUGAUUCUACUGAACAAACGAUACAAAGGUUUGAUUCCAUUAGAUUUUCUAAUAGUCAUGAUGGAAUCCCUACAUCUCAAAUCAGAGAUAAAAUGCAAGAUGCUAUGCAGUUACAUGUGUCUGUUUUCAGAACUGGUGAGAGUCUGAAAAAAGGCGUUGAAAAGAUUGAAUCAAUUUGUAGAGAAUUUAAAAACGUAAGGAUCUCUGAUUCAAGUUUAAUAUGGAAUACUGAUUUGUUGGAAACGUUGGAACUUGAAAAUCUCUUAAUGUUAUCAUAUCAAACUGUUGUAUCAGCUUUGGCCAGAGAAGAAUCCAGGGGCGCUCACUCUAGAGAUGAUUUCCCUGAGCGGGACGAUCAGAUGUGGAGAAAGCAUACUUUAUCAUGGGCGAAACAUAGGAAUGUGGAAUCUACUAAAAUUGAACUGGAUUAUCGCCCUGUAGUGGAUAAAACACUUGAUAGUGAAAUGGAUACUAUACCACCUACUAAACGAAAAUAUUAG